AUGCAAGCAACACCCCGCCUCAGGUCUAGCAGUUCUGAGGUUGUCUGUGCGGGCUUUCAUGGGAGCCCGGCCGUCAACGGUUGCAAAAUCUGGGGUACUUCCGGCGGCCGGCAGCGGACCCACGUCGAGAUGCCCGUUGCUGCGUUUCCCGGCGAUGAUACCGAGAGGCCUGGCAGCUCCGUGUGGGGAAAAACCAAUGCAGACACGGCUCGCGGGCUAGAUCUCCUUUUGGCCGCGCCAGAUUGCUAA